AUGCAGGAUCAGUACUGUAGCCCCCCCCUGUCAGGAUCUCAAGUUAGUGUUUCAACCUGGCACCGCAACAACACCUGGGACCCACAGCAACAACACCUGGGACACCUGGGACCCACAGCAACAACACCUGUGACUCAGAGCAACAACACCUGGGACACACAUCAACAACACCUGGGACCAACAGCAACAACACCUGGGACCCACAUCAACAACACCUGGGACAUCUGUGACCCACAGCAACAACACCUGGGACACCUGGGACCCACAGCAACAACACCUGGGACACACAUCAACAACACCUGGGACAUCUGUGACCCACAGCAACAACACCUGGGACACCUGGGACCCACAGCAACAACACCUGGGACACCUGGGACCCACAGCAACAACACCUGGGACACCUGGGACCCACAGCAACAACACCUGGGACCCACAGCAACAACACCUGGGACUCAGAGCAACAACACCUGGGACCCACAUCAACAACACCUGGGACCAACAGCAACAACACCUGGGACCCACAUCAACAACACCUGGGACAUCUGUGACCCACAGCAACAACACCUGGGACACCUGGGACCCACAGCAACAACACCUGGGACACCUGGGACCCAUAGCAACAACACAUGGGACACCUGGGACCCACAGCAACAACACCUGGGACCCACAGCAACAACACAUGGGACUCAGAGCAACAACACCUGGGACCCACAUCAACAACACCUGGGACCAACAGCAACAACACCUGGGACCCACAUCAACAACACCUGGGACAUCUGUGACCCACAGCAACAACACCUGGGACACCUGGGACCCACAGCAACAACACCUGGGACACCUGGGACCCACAGCAACAACACCUGGGACACCUGGGACCCACAGCAACAACACAUGGGACACCUGGGACCCACAGCAACAACACCUGGGACCCACAGCAACAACACCUGGGACCCACAGCAACAACACAUGGGACACCUGGGACCCACAGCAACAACACAUGGGACACCUGGGACCCACAGCAACAACACCUGGGACACCUGGGACCCACAGCAACAACGCCUUCACAUAAAAUGAGGAUGAUCAGGAGGAGCAACGGGAGGGGCCUCUGCAGUGUUUCCGCUGUGACCUGGGCUUCUGGGAUGCCUGCUACACAACCAAAACCAACUGCAACAUCGGGGAGAAGUGCUACACUGGCCGAGGGAAGGCAGGUGAUGUGUUGGACGUUAAGUUGCUGGGCUGUGUCAAGGCGAAGGAGUGUGAGCUGGUGACCAAUGUAGAGAUAUUCUCCAACACAACCAUCUACAUGAUGACCAGGCACUGCUGCGACACACACUUCUGCAACACCGGACACACACUACCCCUCAACACACUCCUCUCCCUGUCACUGACUACAAUAACCAUCAUCCACCUCUCCUCUCCCUGACAGUGACUACAAUAACCAUGAUCCUCACCUUCAUAAAGUCCCCAGCAGCACACAUUUAUAAAAUUUUCUUAAUUCUGUUAAUAUUCUGUGUUAAUUUGUCAAGGAAUAUGGACAGUAAUUAACAUAUGUGGAUGUGCCAGAUUGAGGCAAAAGUCUCAUGUUCAACCCUUAGAGGCUGUCUCUGGGCUUGGGCAAAAUUGGUUAGAUGGUUUUAUGGAAUUCAAUUUUUAAUAAAUGUAAUUUUCUCAUUCUGUUGUUGGUAUAAACUAGAAAAGGAGACUGGAUUUUAUUUUCUAUCAUAUUUAUUGAACAUUCUGAAUUGUAACUGAAUAACGUAAU